CAAACCCCCUUCUUGUGCAAGCUGGUGGGCACUCUGCAGGCCACGUCCAUCUUCGUCUCCACCAUAUCCAUCACGGCCAACGCUCUCGACAGAUACUAUGUGAUUCUUCACCCGACACGUCGCGCGCUGGGCACCUCGGGGGCGCUGCUCACCUUACCGGGCAUUUGGGCGUGCGCGCUGUUGCUGGCGAUGCCACAGUUCCUCUUCAGGACGCUGCAACACCACGACAUUGGCUUGCCAGGUCUCGACGCCGUCAACUUCUGCUUCGAAGAAUGGCCUGUAGACCACGGACGAGGAUACUACAGCGUCUUCGUGAUGCUCGUGCAGUUCUUCGUGCCUCUUCUCACCGUCACCAUCUCGUAUGCCAGGAUUGUUCAUAAACUUAAAUUCCGUAUGGCCAAAACUGUUGUCCGAAACGGUAAUAAGACACGAAAAGACGAAACUCGUAACAGGAAAACCAAUAUUCUUUUGAUUUCUAUAGCGAUUAUCUUUUGUUUAUCUUGGUUACCGUUGAAUCUGUACAACAUAAUUGCUGAUUUCUCGAACCCAUUCGGCGAUGACACGGACGCCAUGUUGAUGGUGUACGCCAUUUGUCAUUUGUUAGGCAUGUCAUCUGCCUGCUCCAAUCCUGUGCUUUACGGAUGGCUCAACGACAACUUUAGGAAAGAAUUCAACGAGUUGUGGCUCAUACUCAUGCCAUGCCGACAUCGAUCCAAGUCAGCCAAAUCUAAAGUUUUCUAUAACAAAAAGGAGGAAAAACUAGCUAAGCCAACUGCCGAGUCAAAAGAUCACCCAGAAAUAUGUCUUAUAGUUAAACGAGAUGAGAACUUCGCUGAUUUGUCGCAGUGUUGUAGUGGGUAUAAAAUUAUUGCUCAACCGUUGCAUUCUCCUCCUCCAAGAGUGGUAGAUUUCAUCGAGUCUAACGCGCCGUUUGAAAUGUCUAAUGGUUUGAUGGAUCCUUCACUGUACGUAAAAUGCACACCAGUGUGA